AGGGAGCCGGCCCUGGCCAGUCUUGGGGGCGGAGCCGCAUUACAGACAGACUUGGGAGGCCUCCGCCGCCGAAGAGAGAAGAAGAGAAGAAGCUUGGAGGUAAUGGCUGUCGUAAAAGCUAGUUAUUUUCCGAGAUUUCUGGAGACUGGGCAGUAAAGCUUAGGUUAACAUCAGAGAUGCGCUUGAGCUGGGGAGUCUGCAUGUGAUGCCAGUUGAGGCCCAGAAAGGCAGCGCGACCACCAAAGUGCCGAGCAGGGGGAGGGCUCUGCUGGACAAGCAGUCGGAGUGAGACUAUAAACAACCGGAUCAUAACCUCCACAAUCCACGAGACAUUGGGUAAGUGAAAUCUUACAUAUUUCACAUGAAAUCUUCCCAUUUCUUGCAGUAUUUCACAUUAAAAACAUGGUGAGCAUUUGGGGGUAUAAUUUAUUUUGCUUCCUGCUCUGCAGCCAGAGCAUUUUAAAUUAAAAGUCACAUUUCAUAUUAAAAUCACAUUAGGUUGAGACUCUGAAAUACAAUUCAUUUUGCUCCCGUUCUGCAACCAUAAUAUUUUGUAAUUAAAAGAGCUUCCAAUCUGGGGGAAAAAUGUCUCAUUUGGUAAAAUACCAUGAAGAAACAGUGCAAGAGACUAUUCUGGUAUCUGCCAGAGGUUCCAGCCAUGCCUGACUCUCCAAUCCUUGACAGCUGUGCUAGGUUGUCAUCACCACAUACUAGAUAGCAUAGUUACAAGUAUUUCUUCAGACCUGUUUAAGGUUUCACAACCUUCCUUAAAUAGAGUUCUGUAUACUCUCUGGAAAAAGGUUGUUGGUGCAUGAGAUCGCUGGUUGCUUUGAACAGACAGGGCAGCACUCGUAGCUUUGGAAACAUUAAACCCCAGGAUUCCUUCAUGAUAACCUAGUGGGUUUAAAAGGCCCAAAUUAUCCUGGAACACAGAUAACGUCCAUGGCACUUUCAAAGCCCCAUCCACAUGCCUUCGCUUCUCAUGGUACAACAGAAAUAAUAAAGAUGUGAUAUUGGGUUUGUGUUCUCAUAAUUCUUCUCUGUUUUUGUUCCCCUUCCCCCAAAGAUGUCCGUGUCUCUGACCUCUGUCUGCUCUGCACUCUUUGUUCUGAUUUGUGUCUUAUCUUCAACCUCAUUGUCCAUGUUCUUUCUGCUUAGCCGAGUAAACUGAGCCGAUUCCUUUUCUUUUUUGCCAUAUUUUCAUCUAAUUCAGUUGUUGCCCAUCGAAAACACUUUACGCAGAACGAUAAGAAGAGGCCACAGCAGGUGAGAGCCCUUUACUAGCCCUAACACAAUAGAGCUAAGGACUCUUCAAAAACACCGCUUUUCUAGAAAACCAGGCAGCUAGAACCAGACCAGUGUCCUGAGGAAUUUGCCAGCACACUGUGUAUCUAUUGAUCGAUGUCUGUAUCCAGAUGCACUGACUGACCAUGUGCAAAUUCGCUUUCUCUCUGGUUAAAUUAGGACUUUUUUGCCCCUUUUUCCCAUCCUUCCUGCCUCAUCUAUCUCUCACUACACACCAGGGUACUAAACUCUAUUUUUUAUUAUUAUAGCAUUAAAUGUGCUUUAAUAUUUAGACAACCGAGGUUAAUGUCAGAGAGGCAUGUGAGUCAUGCAUGUAUCUUCACUAUGCUGUCUAGUAUGGGGACAUAACAGGUUAGCACAGUUGUCAAGGAUUUGAACUUUUUCUCUCCCCUGAGGUAAUAAAGCUUUCAUACCCACAACUGUCUGCCUGCCUGCCUGCCUGUUCGAAUGCUUUGGAGACAUACCUCUGUGACAAACUCUUAAAGGCUAGACAUUGGGUUCUGCCAACAGAAAUCCAUAUCUCCUCCCCAAAGAACCUUUGAUGUCCUUUACUCAGAUUGGUUACAGGAGUAAUUCUGAUCCAGCCCGACCCUUCUGUUAUGUGUCUCUGGAAGAAUGAUGGCUUCUUUCUUUAGAGCCUCUGAUGCAGACAGUUUUCUUUCUCUUUGUUAAUCACAGGAAGAGCUGUGUCAUACUGCAGCACCAUUUCUCUAACCUGAAUUAGUCAGAGGAGGCAGGAGACAGGAGUCGUGUUUACUCAUUUCCCAUGUUGGGGUUGUGAGAACCUCACCGACUUGACCUACACUUUAUAAUUUUUUGUUUUUAAAUUAGCCUAACAUUAUCUUAAGAGAACUCUCAGAAUGAUCCAUUGGCAGUAUGCAGGUUUUGUCACUUCCUGGGAAACAACACCCCUAGGUUAAAGGCAAUAAAGAUCUAAAUUUAACUCUUCAUCUCUUGCUAUUUUGUGAACACAAAAAGCCCAAUAAAAGAGGAUAUUGAAUUAGAAAUUGCACACCACAAAAGCCCAAGAACAAGGAGUUGCCAGUUGUAAGUGGGGGUGGGUUGAAAUGGGCGUUUCUCUGCAGAACAAAUGGUUUUCAGGGCCUGUCCAGGAAGAGCCAUAUCUGUCUGAAAGGGAAGGUACUGCCAGACCCCUGCAACCGAAAAGAGAUAUGUCAUAACUACUCCAUGGCCAACCGAAACUAUAAUGCAGACAUGGCCAGUGCAAAAGCAUAGUGCAGAAACAUUUUUUUUUUUAAUUUGUGUAAGAAUGUUGGAGUUCUGGUCGUGGCUCAGUGGUUAACGAAUCCGACUAGGAACCAUGAGGUUGCGGGUUCAAUCCCUGGCCUUGCUCAGUGGGUUGGGGAUCUGGCAUUGCCGUGAGCUGUGGUGUAGGUUGCAGACACGGCUCGGAUCCUGCGUUGCUGCGGCUCUGGCAUAGGCCAGUGGCUGCAGCUCUGAUUCGACCCCUAGCCUGGGAACCUCCAUAUGCCACGGGAGUGGCCUAAGAAAUGGCAAAAAAAAAAAAAAAAAAAGACAGAAAAAAAAGAAUGUAGAUAUAUAUGAAAAGAUGGAGAGUUCAUAGAUAAAUAGGUAAUUAUUGAAGAUUGUUGUAGUUCGCCAGUGUGUUCACCAGCAGGGACAUAGAAUAAGCAACACACACUGGGGGGUUACGUUCACUAAUUCCCCCGCAGACUAAAGGUACAUGACAUCAUCCUUGGUUGGACUCAAGAGACAGAGUUCCAGGCCCACGGGACGGUGAGUACUAGUGGAGAGAAAACAUAUCUUUCUGUUUGGGACUCAGAUAAGACUUUUGCUUGGAUUUUGAUUUGCCCUCUUCCCAGCUUUAUGACCUUGCCCAGGAGCAGGAGUGCCCAUUUCCUAAGUCUCUUGCCAACUGUCCCCUGUAUCAUUUUUUUGGCUUCAUUAUAAGUCACAUUAGGUAGAAAAAGGAAACCUCAUUGCUGUUUGUUUGCAUCUCUUUAUUAGAAAAGGUGAGUGUCUUUUUCUGGAUUGUUUAGUUUUAAAUUUUAUUUUGAAUGUUUGAAGGAAUAGCACCUCCCUUUCUCCCCUAAACAAAUUGAACCAAUUGAUUAAAAAAAAAAAAAAAAUGAAGCUGCAGAUGGAAGCCUAAGUGUUGGCUUUCGUAUAAGGUGAAGGUAGGUGGCAGGGCACUGAUAUUGUGAGAGUCAGGCAGGCCUUAAAACACCAAAUUUAAACAAUUUUACCAAACAGCUUGGAGGUUUGCAACAGUUCAAGGACAGCGAUACCUGUGGGUGCACUGCAUGUGCUUGCUCACAGGGAAGUAAAUAUUGGGAGUGGGUAAGGAUUUUUCCCUCAGAAUAUCGUAAAUUGUCUAUGUCCCUUGCUCAUGUAUUGUACUUCCCUGUUCUUUUCUUAUUAAUCUGUAAAAAGCUACUUUAGAGUAGAGCUAUUUUUUGAAACAAAACCAGUUUGUCGAGUUUCUUCUUCUGUUGUCCACUUGGCUUUCUAGUGUUUUUACCAGAAAUUUUUUUUUCCAUUUUACUAUAUUCAGAUACAUAUCGCUCAAUGAAGAUUUUGCUUGAUGUCUUCUGUUUAAAAAAUGACUUCACUUGAAAAAAAAUGGAAACUUUCUGAAGGAUGAGUGAGACACACUGAGUAAAAGAGACAUGUCAUGCCCCAGGGUCAGGAGAAUGCAAAUUGUAAAGAUUUAAUUCUCCAUAAAAUAAUGUAUGAAUUCACUGCCGUCACAAACAAGGACUUAGCGGGUCUUUUUAGUGGACCUUGACCAGCUGGGUCUUAAAAUCUUUUGUAGAAAUUUUACCAGAAAAGGCAAGAAAAAUACGGUAAGAGAUAUUUUGAACUGGGUCUUUAUUAUAUGAUAAGGGUAUUUGCCAUUUAUUUUCAAGAAUCACCUCCCCCUGUGGUGUGAAUGGAAAUUAAAGAGCCGCAUGUUGCCAUUUCUCUUUUUAAGUCUUUUAAAAAUGAACGUUUUUCCCCUUUAAGUGAAUUUCAGUUAACUUGGCGAUUCUCCUCCCUCUAAUUGAGGGAAAGGCCCCCUGCUUUCCCCAUCACAGGGAGGGGGCGGAGCAUCCUCUGAGAAGCUUGGAACUGAGCUCUGCUUGGCCACUCUCGGGGGAGGGGCUGCAUUUCACGAGGCUGCAGCUGACAAGAAGCUUCAAGACACAUAAGCAUCCAGAGACACACACAGACAUGCAGACAUACCCACCUCUCCCCAUCUUUUGCGGAUAGUGGAAAUUUUCCUGGACCUGAUCAAGCGCAUAGCCUGGUUGCUGUGUUGGCUGCAGCCUUGCAUGUGUCCUCCUUGCAACUCACUCUUUCAGACCACAGGUUAACAUCAGAGAUGCGCUUGAGCUGGGGAGUCUGCAUGUGAUGCCAGUUGAGGCCCAGAAAGGCAGCGCGACCACCAAAGUGCCGAGCAGGGGGAGGGCUCUGCUGGACAAGCAGUCGGAGUGAGACUAUAAACAACCGGAUCAUAACCUCCACAAUCCACGAGACAUUGGGGGAGGGCGGUCUGUCUUCAUCACAGGGAGGGGGCGGAGCAUCCUCUGAGAAGCUUGGGAGUGAGCUGUGCCAGACCAGUCUUGGGGGAGGAGCUGCAUUUCACCAGGCUGCAGCUGACAGGAAGCUUCAAGUAUCUUUCACAGUGUCCCAUUCAAACAACGUGUUCUGGCACCCUUGGGAAAUUCAGCUGAAGGAGAACAGGCCACACGGGUCGUGAAGCCUCUGUAGUUCUUUGUAGUUCUACAAGAGACAUUGGUAAAAAGUAUUGUCUGGGGUAGGAACUGCCUCAGUAGUGACAGGAAUAGCUGGACACCUCAAUCUCUGAUAAUAUCCUCUUGGCACACAAAUCUAAAGCGCAAUGGAAGCCGAGUACGUCCUAUGCAACUGGCAAGAUCAGUUGUGGCCAGCAAAAGUUUUGUCCAGAUCUGAGGCCUCAUCAAACAGUAAGAGAAAAAAGACAUUUUCCCUCGAAGUUCAAAUACUCUUACUAGAUGAAAAAAUUAAAGUGGAAAGCACAGAAACAAAGAUCCUAAAUAAAUCUCAAGUUGAAGCUAUUGUCUCCUCACUAGCAGCAGAGUCAGAGGCCAGUGACCCACCUAGAGAGGAAACAGCCUAUGGAAGGGCACUAAAAGCAGCACUGGAUAUUCUGAAUGAGAGAACAAAUCUGAUUCAAGCUAGCAGUUCAGAUGAAGAAGAGAACCCUACACUGUCUCAAAAUGCACUACAAAAGCUUUCAGAUUCGCCCCCUCAUAAAAAGUAUCGGAAGCACGAAGGAGACUUACCAAAGUGUCUUGAAGAAAAUGAAAAUCCACCAUCCCUGUUAGUAUCGUCAGAGAGUGAUGAUUCCCUGAGUGAUGAUAAAUCACAGGUGCGUGCAAUCAUUGAUGCUAUUCCAAGUGAAAUGGAAACCAAGUCAUCACAAGACUUCAGCUGGUGCCAGACUUUCCCAUCACUUUCAGAAGAUGAAGAGGAAAAGGAAAGCAAGAAAAAGAUUGACAUCUCUGCAGUCAUGCCAUUGCAUUCUACCAUCAAAGAGGAGGAUGUAUGUGUUAAAGAAGAAAAGUUCAGUCCACCUUUGCCAUUGGAUUACUUCACUGUGCCCAAAGCUUUGAAAGAAGAGGCAGAGGACAUCUGCCCAGAAGCCCCGGCUAUUUCCUCUGAAUGCUCUACCUUCACAGAGAAUAUUGAAGAUCCUGGAGAGGGUCCCUCGAAUCCAUGCUCAGGUACCAGCCAGAAUCAACCUACCGUGGAAUCAGAGACGGGUGCUUGCGCUCGACCUUCUUCAUGGGAAUGUCAGGUUUCACUGAGUGCCUCCAGCCGUGCCAUGGAUUAUUCACUCCUUCUUGGGAAUAAUGAAAGAAAUCUUCAGAGACUGGAUUUUGAGGAUCUUGGGGAAGAACGUCAAGCUUCUGACAAGUCAGUGCAUGUAAGUUCCAUUGAUGCUUCCAUAUUAGAUGACAACGAGGAAGAUGAAGAACUUCCACGUUUCCUUUUUCAUUAUGAGCCACGUUCGUUUGAAACAGGAAUGAUCGUCUGGUUUAAAUAUCAAAAAUAUCCAUUUUGGCCAGCAGUGGUAAAAAGCAUCAGGCGCAAAGAGAGAAAGGCAAGUGUGCUUUUUGUUGAGGCAAAUAUGAAUCCUGAAAAGAGAGGCAUUAGGGUGCCUUUUAGAAGAUUAAAGAAAUUUGAUUGCAAAGAGAAACAAGCACUAGUGGAUCAGGCCAGGGAGGAAUACAGUGAAAGUAUUGACUGGUGCAUCUCGCUGAUUUGUGACUACAGAGUUAGAAUAGGUUGUGGUUCUUUUGCAGGCUCUUUCCUUGAGUAUUAUGCUGCUGACAUCAGUUAUCCACUUAGAAAAGUAAUCAAGCAGGAUACCUUCAGGAACUUAUUUCCAAAGUUGCAAAAUGAAAAUCCUACGGAAUCAAUGGUUGUGACUUCCCAAACCAAGAAAAUGUCCUUCCAGAAAAUUCUUCCAGAUCGAAUGAAGUCUGCUCGGGACCGAGCCAACAAGAACCUGGUGGACUUCAUUGUGAAUGCAAAGGGAACAGAGAGCCAUCUUUUAGCCAUUUUAAAAGGCACAAAAGGGUCCAGGUGGCUUAAAUCAUUUUUGAAUGCAAAUAGGUUCACGCCCUGUAUUGAAACAUACUUUGAGGAUGAAGAUCAGUUGGAUGAGGUGGUGAAAUAUUUGCAAGAAAUCUAUAAACAAAUAGAUGAAAAAAUGCUGACUCUGAUCAGAGAUGAUAAAAUUAAAUUUAUCCUCGAAGUUCUUCUGCCAGAAGCAAUCAUUUGUUCAAUUUCUGCUGUUGAUGGGUUAGAUUACAAGGCAGCGGAAGCAAAGUAUCUAAAAGGGCCAUCUCUAGGAUACAGAGAAAGAGAAUUAUUUGAUGCAAAAAUCAUAUUCGAAAAGAGACGGAAACCAUUAACAAAUGAGGCUCGUUAAAUCUUCUAAGAGUCCAAACCAUAACAGGGAGCUUCCAUAGAUACUGAUUUAAGAAAAAAAAAUCUCUUGAGUGAUUCUCUCUAAUAAAUAUUUUCCAGAAAUGGGAGACAUUUGGUGAUGUGUUCACUGGUUUUUUGUUUUGUUUUGUUUUGUUUUGUUUUUUGCGAUCUCAAGGAUCUGUGAGAAUUGCUACAUCUUCACUUCCCUUUUCUUACGCUUCUUUGAAGUCAAUUUAUUAACAUAUUUCAGCAAUUCUACUUUCCCAUACAUUUUUAGAAUGCGUAAUUCCUAAAUGUUUUAUAAGGGAAAGCACUAUUUUGUUUUUUGACAUUUUUGUGUCUAUGCUGUAUAGUUAAAUACAGUGUGCACAAUCAUUUUAAUAUUAAAGUUGCACUGGAUUAGAUACUAAGCAAGAUAAUUAGAAAAGAGUUCAGAGGCAUCAAUUAUAUAUUUUUGCUUAAUUUUUAUAAGAUAUUGGGUUUUCUCGUAAGAUAGCUGAAUUAUUUUUUCUGCCAUGCUAAUUUAUUUUUGGAAAAAAUAUCGCUGAGAUAUAGAACCAAAGAUAGAGAUGCUUUGCUAUAUAUUAUAACUAACUGCAAUUACUUUUGCAAGAAAAUAAUCUGGAAUUCAAAAAUAAAGUAAAUAUAUUAUCUGCAUGCGGCCUAUGUGUGUAUGAAGAACAUCUUAACAUGCAGAAAAUAAUUUUGGCAGCCUACACUUCCCUGAAAUUCCAUUUAUGGCAGUGUCUUUUACUCAAUAGCUGAAUGGUUUCUUAAAACAGGCAUUUGGCUGUCUUCAUAACUAACAGUGGCUGUAUCUUAAUAUAGCCUUCUGACCACAUGUAGAAGGCAGCUAGAAUCAUUGUAUUCAUGGUCUGGCUACUCUAGAUGUAUGAAUCCAAACUGACUGCUUAAGAGCCCAUCUAGCUUAAUAUAAACUGUAGAAAAUGCAAGCACUUUGUUCUGAGUAUUGUAUCUCCAAAUAUAUAGUCACUUGUUUAAAACUAAGCAAAUUUAACAUUUGGCUUAUUCAUACAGUAGUUCCAGUUGCUUCUAAUAAUAUAAAUUCUAACUGGUAAAUCAUUCCAGACUACUGCAAAGAGUAGAUGGACCAGAAUCUGUGAAUUUGGAAAUGGGUCACAGAAAAAGUCUUUAUUUGGCUAGAUAUGACAAUUAUCCCAAUAUGUUUAAAACUACACAAUUGCAAGUUAAAGUCUGAAGCCAUUGAACUGUUUAUUCUACUUUGAAACAAGACUUGUUUACACUAUUGCAAGUUGAAGUGUGAAGCCAAUGGACUGUUUAUUCUAACUUGAAACAAAACUGUAAUGAGAAUAGAUAUGAGAGCUAUUUUAUUUUAAAAUCUCGAUGUUAAAAUAAAUGCUAAAGGCUUAACAUGAACCUGUCGAAUGAGACAACUGCCACUCUUGGGCUUUUGUUACGUGUUCAUAUGGCCACGUGUUUAUGUAAAAUUUGCAGAAGUCCUAUGUUUUGAUUUUCAGUAAAACUAUUAUAUAUUACACCUUGGAUAUUCACUUCAUCAUACUUCAGAUUGUGCAUCUACAUAAGUGGUGUAUGUAUAUAUAUACACAUAUAUAUGUGUGUAUAUAUAUACACAUAUAUGUGAUUUGUUUGGAAUUUUUACUUAUUGUAGUUGUCAUCAUUUUAAUGCUUGUUAUACAUUAUCUUAUCAUUCUAAAUAAAUAUUCACUUUCAUGAUUGA